AGGUCCGGGAAGCCGGGGCCGCACCCGGAUUCCCCCCUUUAUGGCGGCGCCGCUCGAUCGGGAUCGCGGGGACGCGAGGCAGCACGCGCUCCCAUUGGCAGGCUCGCCGGGCCGUCCCCGCCCUCCGAUCCUGCGCUGCACUAUAUAUAGGGCGAAAAAGCCGCGAAAGCAGGUAUUCGCUCUCCGAGCCCACAGCAGAAGCGCAAGUCCACGCCCCCACCACUCACUGUCGACAUGUCUGGACGCGGCAAGGGAGGAAAGGUGAAGGGGAAGUCAAAGUCCCGCUCCAGCCGUGCCGGCCUGCAGUUCCCCGUGGGCAGGAUCCACCGUCUCCUGAGGAAGGGCAACUACGCCGAGCGCGUGGGCGCCGGCGCCCCCGUGUACCUGGCGGCCGUCAUGGAGUACCUGGCCGCCGAGGUGCUCGAGCUGGCCGGCAACGCGGCCCGCGACAACAAGAAGACCCGCAUCAUCCCCCGCCACCUGCAGCUGGCCAUCCGCAACGACGAGGAGCUGAACAAGCUCCUCUCCGGCGUCACCAUUGCCCAGGGAGGUGUGCUGCCUAACAUCCAGGCGGUGCUCCUGCCCAAGAAGACCGAGAAGAAGUAAUCGCCCUCGGCCUUUCAGGGACGACAACAGUACCGUUUAAUCCGGCUCCCCUUGGG